GACAACAAAAAAGGGAAAGAAAGAUCCGAUCCUAAAAUACACGGAUUUCUGCAGUUCCAGUGCCCGAAGGAGGGAUCAUCUUUUGGCUUUUUCUCCAGACACUUAGUAGUGUAAAAUAGUAGUGUAAUAGCAUUGCAUCAUUAUGACCAUUGCUUCAGUUUCUUGAGAGGAAGUGAAGUGAUAAAAAACGCAUAUAUAAUCUCAGCGGGAGAAGAUUGAAGGAGAUGAAGAAGGGUAAAAGUGUGGGAGUAGUAGGCGGCCCUAGUGACGGAUAUGAACGAGAUGACUAUCCAGACUACGAUGAUGAUGACGAUGAUGAGCUGAGUGUGAUGAGACCAAGAAGGUCUUCCACUGAUGCUAGGCCUAUAGUCCGAACCCCCAGUCGCGGCGGCUCUUCCAAAUACGAUUUUGUUAAGGUGAAGGUUUGGUUGGGUGAUAAUGCCGAUCACUAUUACGUUCUCUCCAGAUUCUUGCUUAGCAGAAUGCUCACUGUCACAAAGAUUCCCAAUCAUGUGGCAAUCAAAAUUGCUCUUGAGCUUAAAAAGCUUCUCAUAGACAAUAGCCUUUUGGAUGUCUCCCAAUCGGACCUGGAAGCAAAUUUGUUCAAGCUUAUGAAGCGACGUGGUUAUGGAGCAGAGUAUAUUAACCGCUAUAAGAUGAUGACGAGAUUUCACCAUCAGAGGGUUCCUCUUGUUAUUCUUGUAUGUGGUACGGCAUCUGUUGGGAAGUCUACUAUUGCUACUCAACUCGCACAAAGACUAAACCUGCCAAAUGUGUUACAGACCGACAUGGUUUAUGAGUUACUACGCACGUCAACAGAUGCACCAUUGGCAUCUUCCCAUGUUUGGGCACGAGAUUUCAGCUCCUCCGAGGAACUUAUAACUGAGUUUUGUAGAGAGUGCAGAGUAGUUCAGAAAGGUUUGGCUGGUGACUUGAGGAAAGCAAUGAAAGAUGGUAAACCAAUUAUUAUUGAGGGAAUGCAUUUGGAUCCUAGCAUAUACCUCAUGGAUGAUGACAAUAAGUUGUUAAAUCAGAUGCCAACAAAAGAUGAAGAGUCAAAGCCUUCGAAGGGAGACUGCAAAGAUGGAAUAAAAACUGUCAGCAAUUCUACAGUAUCACAAGACAGUCAGGAAGAAAAUAAGUACUCCUGUCCUGAGAAUGUAACCUUGGGGGAAGAAACGUCUGCUGAUCAGCUGAUUAAAGUUUCAGGACUUAUCAAAGCUUUGGAUAUUCUUGGAAUUAAUCCUGAGAAGAAAGUUGAGACCAUUAAGGAUCCGGCAGAUGAUAGAAAAGAAAAAUCUGGUCCACGGCCAAUUAUCAUUCCAAUAGUCCUAAAGAUGGCUGACUUUGAUCACAAGGCCUUACUGGAGGAGUGGAUAUGCACUCGGACAAGUAAUGGGAAAUGCCAAAUUCAGGAUAAAGAUAAGCUGAUUAGCAACUUGAAAACAAUUCAGGACUAUCUAUGUUCAUUUAAGUCAUUGGGUUUGACAGUUGUCAACAUAUCAGCAACAACAUUUCCGCAAACACUUGAUUGGCUGCACAAUUAUCUUCUUCAGUGCAUUGAGCAAGGCAUAUCUACGAGUAGCAGUGGAGAGGCUUCUGGAAAUUAAACUGUAAAGUUCGAGCAUGACCAAAUAACAAAUGGGACUUUUAUGCACAAAUGCUGGUCAAGACUGAACCCGUGAACAAAGCUGCUCAAAAGCAUGGAGAUCUAUCUGCCGAGAGAUAUUGAGGAUUCAAAUGGAUAAAUUGAAAAAUUCUUCUGUUUAAUUUGUAAAUCAUGGGAAGUAUUUGUAUGCUGCCCCAAAAAUUUUGCUGUAAUUGAAGAUUUGUAAUAGAAUGGAUCAUCCAAACUCCAUAUAUGACCAUUGAUCCAUGUCCAUAAUAAUAGUUCUUUCCAACUU